UCAGAUUUGUCAGAUGAAGAGCUGAAUGAUGACCUUUUACAGAGUGAUAAUGAAGAUGAAGAAAAUUUCAGUUCUCAGGAUGUCACUGUCAGUCUCAAUACAACAUCUGGUAUGGUCACAUCGUUUGAACUUUCUGACAACACUAAUGACCAGUCUGGAGAGCAGGAAUCUGAAUAUGAACAAGGAGAGGAUGAGCUAGCGUACCACAAAUCUGAUGGUCCUGAGUUGUAUACGCAGGAGUACCCAGAGGAAGGACAGUACGAAGGCCACGAUACAGAGUUGACAGAAGAUCAAAUAGAGUAUGGGGAAGAGCCGGAGGAGGAGCAGCUCUACAGUGAUGAAGUGCUGGACAUCGAAAUCAAUGAGCCUUUAGAUGAAUUUACAGAUGAAGAGUACUUGCAGGCUUAUGGUGGGCAACAAGGGCUGCAAGAGCAGGAAGAAUGUGUUGCUGAAGAUGGAUUAGAUGAGAUUACUGGUUCCCAUGUUGUUCCUGAGACUGAAGAGGGAGGUAUGGAAACCCUGGAAAUCCAGAAGGACAUAAAAGAAGAAUCCGAUGAGGAAGAUGAUGAGGAUGAAGAAUCUGGGCGGUUGCGUUUCAAAACUGAAAGGAAAGAAGGAACAAUUAUUAGGCUAUCGGAUGUAACUAGAGAGAGAAGGAACAUUCCAGAAACUUUGGAGCUUUCUGCAGAAGCCAAAGCUGCAUUGCUUGAAUUUGAAGAAAGAGAGCGACAGCACAAGCAGGGCCGCUAUGGAUCCCGGCGGGGAGGCAGGAGAGGUGGUGGCUCUCUGAUGUGUCGCAGCAUGGGAGACCAGAGAAGAGAGAGUGGCGAGAGGGCAAGGAUGAAAGAGCACAGGCCCGCCCUGCUGCCCACGCAGCCUCCGGUCAUGACUCACUCUCCAAGAUUGAUCCCCCCUCCACAGCCGCAGCCACCGCCGCCACCGCCGCCACCGCAGCAGCAGCCCAUCAGGAGCCUGUUCCAGCAGCAGCAGCACCCACAGCCUCUGCUCCCGCUGCAGCACCCGCACCACCCCUCUCCACCCCAGGGUGUGCACAUGCCCCCCCAGAUGGAGGCCCCCCGCGUCAUGCUGACGCCGCCUCCAGUGACUCCACAGCAGCCCAAGAACAUCCACAUCAACCCACACUUCAAAGGCACCAUGGUGACCCCUGUUCAAGUGCCCUUGCUACCAGUUCCGAGCCAGCCGAGGCCUGCCGUGGGACCCCAGAGAUUCCCAGGUCCUCCGGAGUUUCCACAGCACACGCCUGGACCUGUUCCUAACAACUUUAGCCAGCCCCCGAGACUUCCUCUCCAGGACCAGUGGAGAGCCCCACCCCCGCCGCAGGACCGAGACCCGUUCUUCCUGGGAGUUUCAGGUGAACCAAGGUUCCCCAGUCACCUGUUUCUGGAGCAGCGCAGCCCCCCUCCACCUCCGCCGCCUCCCACGCUUCUGAACAGCAGCCACCCUGUUCCUGCGCAGAGCCCCUUACCAUUCACGCAGCCAGGACCAGCAUUCAGUCAGCAGGGACAGCAGCCGGUGUUCCCGAGAGAGCGGCCCGUGCGACCUGCCCUGCAGCCCCCAGGGCCCGUGGGGAUCCUGCACUUCAGCCAGCCAGGGUCUGCCACCACCCGGCCUUUCAUCCCUCCCAGGCAGCCGUUCCUGCCUGGCCCGGGCCAGCCCUUCCUGCCCACACACGCACAGCCCAGCCUGCAGGGGCCCCUGCACCCUCCUCUGCCCCCUCCUCAUCAGCCCCAGCCCCAGCCGCAACAGCCACCACCGCAGCACCAUCAGCACCAGCCCCCGCUCCAGCCCCCGCCCCCGCACCAGCCCCCGCCGCAGCACCAGCCCCCGCCGCAGCACCAGCACCACCACCACCUCUCCGCGCCACCCCCUCCUCUGAUGCCCCUGUCCCAGCCACAGUUCCGACCACAUGUGCAGACGGCACAGCCACAGCCCGGCAGCGGUCGGGUGCAGUGUUCCCCGCGCCAGGGCCCACGGCACAAUGCAACAUCUCAGAAUCUAACCAAACGGCCCAUGCAGCAGAUGCAGCCCACAGCUCCCAGGAACAGCAAUCUGCGCGAGUUGCCCAUAGCGCCCUCGCAUGUUCUCGAUGUAAGCAGCAGUCGCUGCGCUUCCACACCCGCUCAAGUGAAGCCGGCCGUCAGCACGUCCCCGCCUGCAAGGACUAUGGCAGCUUCCAGGAACUCACAGGGAAAGACGGACUUGAAAGUCAAGCCAGUCAGCCCUGCGGCGCAGCCUAAGGAAGACUCAAAAACAGAAUCAGAGUUUCCUGAUGAAGAUGAAGAAACAAGAUUAUAUCGCUUAAAGAUAGAAGAACAGAAGCGCCUAAGGGAAGAGAUCCUGAAGCAGAAGGAGCUCCGGAGGCAGCAGCAGGCUGGUGCUCGGAAGAAGGAGUUGCUGGAAAGACUUGCGCAGCAGCAGCAGCACCUCUGUGCCACUCAUGCCCUGGGAGAAGAGGAGGAGCAGGUGGCCACCCCUUCCCCCACCAAUGGGAACCCCCUGCUUCCCUUCCCAGGUACUCAGGGCAGGCAGAAUGUGAAGACAAGACUUCUUGUGAAAAACCAAGAUGUCACUCUUCCAAGUGUUCAGUCCAAAACAUCAAACUUUGUACCAUCUGGUGCUAAUGUGCAGUAUCCGGGACAGCAGGCAAAACCACUGAAACAUUUGAGACAGGCCCGAGCAGUACCUCAGAGUCAAACACACCAGUUACUGCAGAUCAAACCUGCAGAUGUGGAGGAGCCCUCGUCCACCCCUCAGGCAGCCCGCGUGCCGUCCCUGCAGGCCCGGACCCAGGAAAUAAAGCCUGGUGUGAAGAGGACAGUCAUGCACCGGGCCAACAGCGGAGGCGGCGGCGAUGGGCCCCAUGUGAGCUCUAAGCUCAGAGUGAUUAAGCUGUCAACAGGGGGAGGAGAGAGCGACGGCUUUUUCCACCUCGAGGGCCAGCCCCAGCGGCUUCCUCAGCCUCCAGAAGUGAGACAGCAGCCUGCCCGCAAGGUGACGCUGACCAAGGGGGUCACUCAGCAGGCCCAGCACGCCCCCUUGGGCCCCCACGUGCACUCGGCUGUUCCUCCAGGGAUCAAAAGCAUCCAAGGCAUUCACCAGGCCAAGAAGCCCAUCAUGCAUGGACGAGGCCGAGGAGUGGCGGGUCCCAUGAGCCGGGGGCGCCUCAUGCCCAACAAGCAGAACCUGCGUGUGGUGGAAUGCAAGCCGCAGCCCUGUGUGGUGUCCGUGGAGGGGCUGUCUUCGUCCACCACGGACGUCCAGCUGAAGAGCCUGCUGAUGUCUGUGGGACCCAUCCAGAGCCUGCAGAUGCUUCCCCAGCAGCGGAAAGCCAUCGCCAAGUUCAAGGAACCAGCGCAUGCACUGGCAUUUCAGCAGAAGUUCCACAGGCACAUGAUAGAUUUGUCCCACAUAAAUGUGGCCCUGAUCGUGGAGUGAGGUCUAGCAGGAGGUCUCGCCUCAUCUGCAUACAUGCGGAAUUUCUUCACGGAAGCUGCCGCAUAGGAAGACCCCCAGGAGCGCAGCCCCUCUGGCCCUCAGUCUAGAACA